UUUCCUAUCUUUUUAGGUUAUGGCUCUAUUGUUUUUUGUUUUGUUUGUUCCCUGUGGUAUUUCUAAGUGACUUAUUUUGCAUCGAAGCAUUACGUCUCUCUUUCUUAAUUAUCCUGAAUUUGCUUAGCGUCAUUUCCCGUAAUGUAAGAAAGCAUUAUAUGACACAAUUUAUGAAACAACUAUUCUUUGUAUAUCGGAGUAAUCAUGCUGAAUAAUCCAUGGAUUGUGGGAGGAAACCCUAUGAACCAAAUGAACAACCAUAUUGAUGGUUUGGGUGGUUCUGGUCAUAUGGUGGUUCAGACACAAAGUGUCAGUAUAGCCUCCAGUGAUGGCUCUGUCAUUCAUCAAACCAACACUUACGAGUCCUGGGUAACCAUGUCUGGUCCACAGCCCAUGAGUCUGGACAUAGUGCCUAGUGCAGGGCCUGGACAAAAUUUGUUCCAGUCACUUGACAUGGGCCGCUCACCCAUUAUGACUUCAAGACCUGCUGACACAUACUUGGCUGUGCCUAUGACCACGGAUAUCCUGUCUGCUGCUGCUGCUUCUCCUGUAGCUGUCAAUAUGCAAACUCCUUAUGUGUCUCACAACCAUGUGGAACCUGUCGUUGCUUUGCCAGCCCAGAUGGCUGUUGCAGAAACCCCUAUGGUGGCAGCAGUUCAAAACCCUGCUGAAACUUUCAUUGCUGUACCUGUGCCUGCACCUUGUGAUCCAUUAGUUGCUGUGCCUGCAGUUCAAAAUUUGUACAACCCCAUUAUAGGGCCAACAGAGUCAACAGUACCCAUUAUUCAAACCUCAUCAGUAACGCAAACACCUCAGACAAAUACACCUUCUUGGUACCUUGUGGUCCAAGACAUGCCAGAAGCAGUGCCCGGAGCCAAUGGCAUCUCAGGAUCUCCUUCUGUUGUUCGCACAGAUGAUGAUUUGUAUUUGUGUAUAAGGUGCAAUUCAACAUUUGAAAAGGCUUCCUGUAUUAAUUGGCACUUGCGAGAAUGUAAAGGGGAUGGUGUCAAGACAAGUACUUUACCUACGACUAAUAUUUUAUCCUCAACUGCCACCAAUGUAAAGAUGAUGCAGUGCUCACGUUGUGCAAGAUUGUUCAAUGUCUUCCAUGAGCAUUCAAGCCAUUUUAUAUGCUCAGAUUGUAGCACUAGUACUGUGCCAUUUACAAUUCAUUUUGGAACACAGCCUCUUAAACAGUUCAAAUGUUCAGAAUGUUCUGAGUGUUUUCAGUUUGAGUCUGACUUGGAUGACCACCUGACAUCACACAGAUCAUCAGUGACCAUUUGUGAGUUGCCUGAUAAUUACAUUGAGGAAAAUGGAAAUGAUGAUGAUAAUGGAUCAGUUAUAAUUGAACCUAUGGUAGAAUCUCCAGAGGAUAAUGAAUCAGUGUCCUGUGGUAGUGAAAGUAGCAAUGAUGUUGAUGCAGAGCAGAGUAGUUCCGAGACCUGUGGUGAGUGUGGUGAUGCAUUCAGCUGCCAAGAUUCUCUCAGUGAGCAUUUGAAAUCUCAUGGGGAUAUUCGAUCAUAUGGUUGCACUAAAUGUGGCAUUAUUUGUGUUGGACGGCACUCUUUAAACAGACACGUUUGGGCACAUUCACGUGAGUCAGAGGAGAAGGAAAUAUCCCUCAGUUGUUUUGAAGAAGAGAAAGAUGAAACCAAAGAUGUAAUAGUUACUCAGCCCUUUGGAUGCACCGAAUGUGGUAUGCAGUUUUCUGAUAGUAAUGAACUGAAAGAACAUUGUGUCAGUCACCUUCGUUUCAAACCAUUCCUGUGUACCCAAUGCGGAGAGAAGUUUGAAACAACAAGUACCCUGGAGAGACAUUGGGAAGCUCAUGCUUUGGAAGUAUAAUAAAUUUAUGUCACAGGGUUCUAUCGUUUUCACUGUUAUAGAAAUUUCUGAGGUCUGUUUUUUUAAGGUCGCAGGUAUUGAAACUUACCAUUUGUAUGAUCUUCAAUAGUUUUCCAUCUAUUAGGUUUUGUCCUCUUUGAUAAGUAAGAGUAGCAAAACUUCCUAUUGACUGAACUAUGCUUAAGUUUUGCUGAAUUUUCUUUUAGUGUAUCUUGAUUUAGUUUCCUUCAUCAAGCAGUUUGCAUAUUUUAUUAAUUUUUUGACCUUGAGACGACUUUGCCAGUGGGAAAUGAGGAAUUGAUCCUGACCAGGAUAAAAUUUGAUUGUUUAUUUUAUGUUACAGUAUAGCUACUUGAUCAUUGAAGGGGUUAGUAAUAGAAAGAAUAAAUAAAAAAAGAUCAUGAUGACCCUUACUUGCCUUAUAUGUUUGUUUGCCUUAGCAAAUGAAUAUGGUUAAACAGUGUAUGAGAAAGACUUGGGAACUGUUACUCUCAAAACUCAAUAGUCAUAUGAAUGUACUUGAUGGAUUUGUGACAGGGUUAGAACCAUUAUUUUAAUGCAUUCUCAUCAGGAAUUCUGUGAUUUUUCCAUAUCCUCAACCGCCUGUCAUAAAUGUUAUCAUAUUGUAUUUUUCUUACUUAUUUUUGUAAUAAGAUAUUUUUUGAUGUUUAGUGAUGCCUAAAAGUGUGUAAUUCUUAAGUGUGAAGCUGUGCACGAAAUUCUGCUGUACUUUGAAAGCCGAUCUGUUCUUAAUUUUUCCAAUGAUAAGUGAGCAAAUUUCCUUGUGUGUUGAUCUUUUGGAGAUAACUGUGGUGCUUGAUAUUGUCUGGGGAAGGUGUCAUUGUUUUGUCGGUCUUGAGGACAUCUUGUAAGAAUUGAGCAAAAAUAGAAGCACAUUGGACCAAACACAAAGGAUCAUAUUUGUUUAUAUUAUGAUGUGGUUUUUAGAAUGGCUACAACUGAUGCAAAUAUGGGUUAUUUUUCUCGUGUAAUGGUUGUGUGAUAGAAUUUGAUAUGUGUACAUGAUGAACCUUUCAAAAAAAUUAAAAAAAUUAUUAUGUUGAUAGUUUUCAGUUUACUCUGGUAUAGAGGAAAGCACCACUGUGAUUUGCCAAGUGAAUAUGUAACUUGUUCAAUUGGCUCUCAGAGUUGUUAACUUAUUCAUUGUUUGCAAUAAUUUCAGGUAGCUCUAGUCAACAUUAACAAAUUCAUUAUUUUCUCCAAGCCGCCACUAGUUGCUUUGAUGGAAUGCCAAAUACACUUUAAAUUUGGAGUAAAACAUAUGUGUUCUGAAUUUUCUUAACUGUAUGCAAAAAUGGAAAUUUCUUGAAUUAAAGUGAGAGAAAGUACUUAAAAA